CAAGAGGCUCUUCACAGAGAGAGGGACCAACUGAAAGAAACCAUAAGGGACCUCAUAGCCAAGGACCAAGAAACACAAAAAGAACUAAAAUUUGCUGAGAUGUGUCUGAAGGAGCAUCAACAGAGGAUUGAUAUAUUCAAAGAAUGCAUUUUAGAGAAGACAGAUCAAGUAUCAAAGAGUCAAGAAGCUUUAGAAAAAACCAAUGCAGAACUGCAGGAAAAGACCUUAAAGCUUCAAGAAACAGAAGAGAUGCUUCUUAGUGUGGGAAAAGAGGUGAAUGAGACGAAGCUACAAAGGCAAACGCUGUGUCAGUUGGUGGAGCAGUUGACUCAAACAUUGUCAGCGGUAGAGGCAGCGAGACUGGACUUGACCCAGAAACUUGAUUCAAGCCUUAGUAAAAUGAACACUGUCAUCAAGGAAAGAGAUGCCCUGAAGGAGACAGAGAAGAUUCUCCAAAUGGAAGUAAACCAUUUGAAAGAAAGUCUAACAAAGAGCAGAGCCCUGGACCAACAGUAUCUGAAAAACUUCAUAAACAAUGAAAAAAGCCCAAGAAAGGACAUCAAACAAUUUUGUUUUGAAAAUCUCAAAGAAAAGUACUUGACGAUAAAGUUUGCUGAGUCGCCCAGCAUUCACCACCUUCAGCUCUCUCAAGACUGGGGUGACUUGGGCCCAUCUAUGGCUCAACAGAGUCCUACCUCAGUGCUAGUAAAGAGACCCCCGCAAUCUCCUUCUGAUCGGCUGUUUGACCCCCUUGCCCUCUGUGGGCUGAGAGCUCCUGAAACACCUACCGCUCCUGCCGAUUCAGUGGCUCCCAAGGCCUGCUCCCAAGGCCUGCUCCCAGUUUGCCGGUGCCUGGUCUGUGCUGUCAUAGCGGUGCUGGACUGUGCUCCACCCUCACCCAGGUGUGAGUCUUUUCUGGUGACCUUCUAA